AAAAAGUAAAAACUAAAAGUAUAUAUGAAAGAUGUCUUUAAACUUCAAAGACUACAAUUGAACAAUUCUGAAUUCAUGUCUUCAUGAGCAUUGAGUAGUGUGGAGCGUAUAGUAAAUUAAAUGAAAACAAAAAGGAUUCAAUUUUUUUGCGCUUAUGUGGUAAAACAUAAUCGCUGUAUAAGUGCUCGUAACUUUUCUAAAUGACAUAAAAUGAGAAUAGAAGUGAUACUGAUUUAGUGCAAGUUCAGUUUAAUGGAGAGUUCAAGUCUGUUCCCGGGUGGCAGCGAUUGUGGUGAGGAGAUUGAGAGAGCACUUAUGGACCUAGGACCCCUGCUCGGUGUUACUAUCAAAGAGGAAGUACUUGAGGAACUCACCAAUAACUCGUCCUCUCGUCCUAAUGUGAGUUGCCAAGAUGGUGCUGGUACCAGUGGUGGUGCAGAUGCAUUGGGCAAAGGUGAUGGUGGGGAGGGGGCUGAUUCACUUGUGUCACCGGCAGUACGAACAAGCUUUCUCACUAUCAAGUGUGUCUUUUGCCAAGCUGUGCUGGCACAAACAGAAGGCAUACCUAAAUUAAUGGAAUGUCUUCAUUCAGCGUGUGAGCCAUGUAUUAAAGCUAAAGUGGAAGAGAAACUGUCUGGUAGCAGAGACUUUUUAGGAGCGGGCCGUGUCACCAUCCAGUGUGCAGUUUGCAGGCUCCAGUGUCAACCCAAUAAUAUGAUCGACCAGAGAUUUGUUCUCGAGAAGGUUUCUGUCGAACAUGCAGGCAACACCGGAGCCGGAGGGAGCGAACAACAGUGCAACAGCUGUGAGGACACAGAACCCGCCACCAGCUAUUGCGUGGACUGUGCUGAGUUCAUCUGUGACAAUUGUGUGCAGGCACAUCAAAGGCUCAAGAUAACAAAGGACCACACGAUAAAGAGCAAAGACGAGGCCGUGACGGAGCUGCAGGCGGCGCAGGGCUCGCGAUCCGACCGAGACAUGUACUGCCGGGACCAUCCUCAGGAAAAACUCGGCCUGUUCUGCGAGACGUGCGACCGCCUGACGUGCCGCGACUGCCAGCUGCAGCACCACCGCGACCACAAGUACCAGUUCAGCACCGAGAUGGCCGCGCAGGCGCGGGUCGCCAUCGCCGCGCUGGUCUCCGAGGUCAGCUACAAGCGCGUGCUGCUCGGGUCCGCCAUGAAGGUCAUCCGCGACCGCCGGCAGCUCAUCGCCGACAAGAAGAAGGCGCUCGUUCACGAGAUCACGCAGACCGUCGUCAAGUUGACCAACGCCAUCAACACGCGCGGCAAGCAGCUGGUGCUGAGGCUCAACGAGGUCUGCGACGGCAAGCAGCGCACGCUGGGCGAGAAGCAGGCCGCGCUCGAGCAGCUCGCCGCCAUCACCGACCACUGCCUGAGCUUCGUCGGCGCCGCGCUCGAGCAGGGCAGCGACACGGCCGUGCUGCACGGCAAGCGCACGGUGUGCCAGCACCUGCAGCGCAUCAAGAGCCGCCGGGCCGACAUCCCCAACCCCGAGAUCCCCGUGCGCAUCACGCUGCAGCUGGACAAGCUACCCGAGCUCGUCAGGGUGUUGUCGACGAUCGGCGCCAUCGUCGUGGACGGCAAGGUGGACGGCGGCGGCGCCGGCUCCGGGGCUCCGGCGGCGCCUUCGGCUCCCCCGCCGCCCGCGACCGUCUCCGGGGCGGGCGGGACUUACCAGGCCGCGCCCCACUCCGCGGUCUUGGCGCUGCAGCAAGUCGCCAUGCAUCAGACGAUGGCUCGGUAUCAGUCGUACGUGGCCGCGGGAGGCGCCUACGGCCUGCCCCUGGCGCGCCCGAGGCCCCACACGCCGCUCAGGCAUCCGCACGUCACCUCCACUACGCACCCCCAUCACUUGCACGGUAUGAACGAGUUGAACCUGCGCGGCCUGCUCAACGCGUCGGGGCGCGGCGCGACGGCGGCGGCGGCGGGCGGAGCGGCGAGCGGCCGAGCCCUUCACGCCCCCCAGGCCUACCACAUGAUGAACGCGUACGGCAACGUGGCGUUCGCGAGCGGAGGGCGCCGCGGCGGCGGGCCCCGGACCCCUUCGCCGGCGCCCCCCGCGCCCCCCUUCGCCGCGCUCACGCCGCCCGCCGGCGCCAAGUGGCACAUCCCGCAGCACGGCCCCGGCUCGGCGUCCGGCGAAGGGGCGACCGGCCCGGGGCUCCCGCCGCCCGCGUCGGGGCCCGAGUUCAAGAUCACUCUCGGCCCGCGCCUCGCCACGCCCGCGCGCACGUCUCUCGUCACCUCCACCAACCCCAAGACGCCCAGUCCCAGCCUCAACGGCGGAGCGUCCUCCGAGCUGGACAAGGUGUGCGCCGAGUCCGUGCAAGACUUGAUGGCGACGAUCGCCAAGCUGGACUCCAACGGCGUGCAGGUGGUGGCCGAGGGCGCGGGAAGGUCGCCGGACCCCGUCCACUCGUCGACGGACGCCAGGCCCCCGGACCCCAACGACGACUGGUGCGCCGUCUGCAUGGACGGCGGCGAGCUCAUGUGCUGCGACCGCUGCCCCAAAGUCUUCCACCAGUACUGCCACAUCCCGGCCGUCGAGAAGCUACCCGAGGAGACCGAGUCGUGGCAGUGCCUGCUGUGCGUCAACUUCGCGGCGCUGCCCGAGGAGGGCCCGACGCCGCCCGGCGAGCUGAGCGGCCGGCGCAGGCGCAUCGUCGAGAGGAUCACGCUGGAGCUGUACUGCCAGGUCGACCAGUCGAUCCCGUUCCGGGAGCCGCAGGGAGGGAGCGCCAUGUGCCUGGACGUGAUCCGGAUGAAGCUGCAGCCCCGGGCCGAGAACCGCUACACGCACGAGGCGCAGUUCGUGGCCGACGUGCGGCUGCUCUUCCGGAACGUCUACCGCCGCAACCCCGUGGAGUCGCAGCCGUACAGGGACGCCAAGAGUCUGGAGGAGUUCUUCGACGCGCAGCUGGUCAAGUGGCUGCCCGAAUACGCCUUCUGGAGCGGCGAGGGCGAACCGCCGGCGAAACGCGCGCGCUGCGCCUGACCCGAGGCUCGGGGGGGCUCCCGCGACGUCCCCCGAGGGCCCGCCCGCUUCGAGCCCCCGGGGGCUCUCGGGUCUCUCUCGCGGCCGGCACCCGCGCCUCCCUCGCUUCAUCUUCAAAACGCCGGACGUCCCUGGCCGCCCUG